GUGAUUGGUCAAUACUCCCCGGACUACAGGCGGAAACCGGAACCUUCCUCUCCUGCAGACCCUGCAUCCAUGUGCAGAUGGUAGAAAACAGACGGAGGAGAAGAAAGAAGAUGAGAUGAGUUUGAAGUGUUUGCUGGCUAACCGAGAAGCCAACAUUUUGACAAAUGGAGGAUCGUACGUGUUAUUUAGCAGAAGAAAAAGCGACGGAGCGAGAAGAGGAAGAAGUGAAACUAAAUGUGGACAGACGACGGCAGAAAACAAUGAUCAACAUCGGUGCGGCCUUCCCCAAAUGGAAAUCUCUGAUGAGGGACAAAUGUUUUCAGAGUGACGCCGAAGUUGCCUGUUUUCUGCUGCACAGCUAUGAGAGAGGUUCUGCAGCAUCGACUCCCAUGAAGGAAAAACCUGUUCAACUCACAGCUGCAGCAGUGUCUAGCAUCGGUGCUUCUGGAAGGAUGAACAGCUUACAGGACAUGAGCAUGGAGGAGAAGCACAAGAUGUUCAGUAACAGUGUGUAAUGGCGCUUUUCCAUCACUGCUACCAGCUCACCUCGAUUCGACUGGCAUUUGAUCUGCCGUUACUGCUGGACUUGUCUGCUGUGUUGGCUGAAGUGGUCCGUGUUUGACUGUGUGUGUUCCUGCCAAACUCCGAAAUCACACAUUCAAAUUUAUCAGAAGUGGAUUUAGUGAUAAAAUGGCGUACGAAAAUUGUAAAAUAUAAGACACUGGUGCUCGUCUGGUGCGUGUAAUGAUGAUGCAGUGAACAGUCACGAUUCUACCUGACCAAUUGGUGGUCUACAGUGUUUUAACGCCACCUGAUACUUGGUAUCGCCUCAGCUGGUUUGGAACCUCAGCGGAGGUGAUACGAAAAAAAAAGUACAACUCCCCAAUGGUAAACCAAAAAAGUAGGGUCGAGCUGGGACAAUACGGUGGAAUUGGGCCAUAAGUUGUGCUUCAUAAUGACAUUUAUUACUAUUUAGUGUUCUCUCUCUAUAAGUUAUUGUUUUCUG